GACUGCCCUGUCGAGGUACCUGGUAUUUUACCGUACAGUACAGUACCGAUCCGCAGUGACGUAGCUUAAACCGAAACCCCGCCAUGAUUAUCGAGGGGCACAGCAGUGCCUUACAGUACCGUAGGUAGUGGACUGAGGGUAAUUAUCAGGACGUUACACAGUACAAGUCGCGCUCCGGCCCGAACCGUGACGGGGAAGAGCUCACCUGUUAGCGACUCCAGAGCAACCCCUCUCGAUUCUCGAAUCGACUCUCGUAGGUGAAGCAGUCAUCAAGGUGCUCCAUCACACUCCAUCUCUACCUGGGACAGACCAAUGGCAAGCAAAAUGGCCUCCUGCAUCUUCUGCAAGAUUGUCAAGGGAGAGAUCCCAUGCUUCAAGCUCUUUGAGAGCGACAAGACGCUCGCAUUCCUCGAUAUCAUGCCUCUCAGCCGAGGACAUGCUCUCGUGAUUCCCAAGGUCCACGGCGAGAAACUCACCGAUAUCCCGGAUGACCACCUGACAGAGAUCCUUCCCAUCGCCAAGAAGCUCGUCAUUGCCACGGGCGCUCAGGAGUACAACAUCCUGCAGAACAACGGAAAGGGAGCGCACCAGGAAGUUGGCCAUGUUCAUUUCCACAUGAUCCCCAAGCCCAACGCACAGGAAGGGCUCGGCAUCGGCUGGCCGCAGCAGAAGACAGACAUGGAUAAGCUCAAGGCGCUUUUUGAGGAGAUCAAGUCAAAAAUGUGAAUCAAUGUGAUCGCGAGAGCUGCCCAUCAUGGGCCAAGCAGAUGCGUAUGUACGUAUUGCUCUUGUCAAGAGGCGCAAGAGCAGAAUGGCCAAAUGUCUUUUCUCAGUAAUAGUGCAGAACGAGCCAGCCCAGAUCAGCGGGCCGCAUCCGCAAUACUCCUAUAAGAUCGUACAGUGCAUG